CAAGCGACUUGACCAGAACUACUUCAGCCGUAGUUUGUGCUGGUAUGAAGAAUAAGAGAUACAGAAAACAAACGCGAAAUCCCCGUCGUGGAUAACUGGCCGAAGCCAGUAUAACAGUACCGCGACCUAAAUCUAUCCACUCCAUCGGCACGAAGUCGGCACAUGUUAUCAAGAGCGUGGUGAGGAGAAUUGCAUGCGGUACAGGAGCCUAGGACGAAGGGAAGGAGUUGGAAUCGUAAACAUCAUGUCCAAGACAGAGGAGCAAGUUUGGGCCCUACCGAAGGCGCGGAGUAUCGUGAAAUCGCAAUUUUUAGGACCGGGAGUGAGAACUGGUCACGGCCACGAAGUGAUGAGAGCACAGUAUUCUGCUGGCCUUCUCAGUGAUGCUCGGCAUGAUAAUAACUGCCUGCCCAUAGAUGGUACCAAAUAUAUGAAUCUGUUCGCAUUGGCGCUUCUCAGCAGUUUGGAGCUUCUCUUUGAUGCUCGAGUUAUUGCUUAACAUGUAAUAUCGUUUGUGUUAGAAAGGAGACGAUGAGACCUAAAUUCAUCUUAAAAUUUCCUAGAAAUACCGAGCAAUUUUAUGGUUUCUUUCCGACUCUACGACCUGAUAAAGUUUUAGGGAUCCUAAAACUCAACCAAUUCUUAACUCAAACUUAACAUCAAACAAUCUCUGAUGCGCUUAAAGCUCAGAUUUAUGAAAUUGAGCAGAAAAACCAACAUUGCAUUCAGGGAUGUUGUCAUCGUGUGAGAACACUGAAAGCUGAUACAUGCGGAGGGAGAGAACCAACAUACAUAACAAUGUUCGAACCAUUGUCUUCCACAGUGGACAAACAUAAUGCGGCUGUUUACAGAGAAUGUGUCGACAGUUGCACGAUUGGCAUGGCAAGUGCACUUGUGUUGAAUAACUGCGAGAUUUUGUGAAAAUGCCGGAAGGAUAUGUGAAACAAAGAUAACCUUCGCAAGGCUAACAUCUUUCAAAAGUGCACCCCAUGUGACAUAUGAACUAUUUGAUCGUACAAGCAAAUUAUUUAUGGAACUCAUCGCAUGUAAAAAUGGUAAGUAAGCAAGGUCAUAUUAUAUAGCGUGGAAAGUUGGUGAGCAGGACUACCUUCAACUUCUCCUAAUUUUGAUUGCACAAUUUCAUAUGGACUGAUCUAAUGAAAACACAUCCAGGACAAGUCUGUCAGGUUUACAAGCAAAAGUUACUCUACAUUUUCAAAAGUCAAGCACUGGGUUACCUCGUAAGAAAAUCUUCAUCUUGCAGGAUAAAUUGAAGCCCAAAGAACCUGAUUCCAUAGAGUUCACUAUCCUCUAGCACGGCUUUCACACAGCAAAGCCUCGUGGAUAAGAGCUCUGAUUAAAAAUACCUCCUUGCAGACAUGGAGAUCCCGGGGAAGCACAGUACUUGAGCUCCAACUAACGGGCUGAUGAAAGCAGCAAGUGAGCUAGUUAACAUCAAUUACUCCUGCGUAGAACUAGGAAUGAAGAAACUCUCAGAUAGAUAUAAAUAGAUACAACUGGUUGAAGUAGGAAAAUAUUAAAGGCUGCCAUCUUAAGGUCGAAAAGUCAGUGAGAGGGAAGCUAAAAGUAGCUU